ACUGUGAAUCGAAAAUUGAAGGCUGAAUCGCAUUGAAACAACAACAAUCAUACAUCAAUUUCGAUGGAAAUAAAAAGUAAUUAGUCGUGUGGUCGGUGCUGUCGUUUCAACAUCGAACUUCUGGUUCUGUCUAGUAUUAUAUUUGUAAAUAGAGAACGACGUGUGAACAGAAAUCAAUUGUUUCAAAAAUGAACACCGUUUGAUGAGCCAGUGUGAAUGAAACUUGGUGUGCAUAGAGAAUAUACUUAACUUUGGUCAAAAAAUGGUUUAGUAUGUAAGUUUCGUAAUUACUUACAUACAAAUCUCUGGCAUAAAAGGGGUGAAAAAACCUUUUUAGAAAAAACUUCUCGUUCAUAAAAAAUUCCAACACAGUUUUAUUUAUUUUCGUGAAUUAAAGAGGCUAAACAAAGUAUAACGGAUUUUCUUCAAUUUCAAAAGUACAAAUUAAUUCAAUCUACACAAAAUGAAGGUGAUAUUGGCAAUUCUCGGCACAUUUCUCGGAUGCUGCACCAAUGUCGUCGUUCUUGAGUACAUGGUGAAAAUGGACCCUGGUUCCGGUAAUUUGGUGACAUUUGCUCAAUUUGCGUUCAUCGCAUUGGAAGGGUUAAUUUUCACAUCUAAAUUCGGCACUGAACCACUUCGAAUUCCGUACAAAAGUUAUAUUAUUCUAGUCGUGAUGUUCUUCAUAGCCAGUGUAUGCAAUAAUUACGCGUUUGAUUUUAAUAUUCCGAUGCCAUUACAUAUGAUCUUUCGGGCGGGCUCGUUGAUCGCAAAUAUGGUGAUGGGCAUCAUAAUUUUGCGUAAAAGUUACGCAUUCUCAAAAUAUUUGUCGGUGUUUAUGAUAUCAUUGGGAAUUGUCAUUUGUACAAUUGUGUCCGGUAGCAAUGUUAGAAGUACCGCCAACCCGGAGUUGGGACUCGAGGACACAAGUGGCUAUUCGGUGUUUUUCUGGUGGGUGUGUGGCAUUUCCCUUCUGACUCUUGCCUUAUUCAUUUCGGCGCGAAUGGGAAUUUAUCAGGAAGUUUUGUACAAACAACACGGAAAGCAUCCACGUGAGGCACUUUACAUGAGCCAUUUAUUGCCGUUGCCUGGAUUUUUGUUGAUGUACAGCAACAUUGCGGAGCACAUGGCAAUAGCGAGUGCCAGUGAACCGGUCGCCGUCCCCAUAGUCGGUGUGUCGAUUCCAAUUUUAUGGCUUUAUUUGCUUGCAAAUUGUUUAACGCAAUAUUUAUGCAUCAGUUCGGUAUUUGUACUAACAACCGAGUGCAGUUCACUGACUGUCACAUUGGUCGUCACAUUACGAAAAUUCAUAUCGUUGCUGUUCUCAAUUGUUUACUUCAACAACCCGUUCACCAUUUACCAUUGGAUUGGCACGCUAUUAGUAUUCCUCGGCACAAUGAUUUUCACAGAAAUGUUGCCACCAUUUACCAACAAAGCAGCCGCGAUAACCGCCAGCAAAAAAUCAAAACAAAAUUAAUUUACCAUCGAUUUUGCGAAUGAGUCACAAAUCACAUUGCUUGCAUUUUUGUUUGCUUAUUUUGUUAAUUAUCAGGAAAAAUCUGGUACCAAAAAUCGUUCGAAUAAGAUGCAUGGUGAAAAAAUGUAUGAGAAAUACCUCAGAAUGAAACCGAUUGCUGAUAAAUGAAAUUUUAAGUUAAAAAAAAAAAAACAAAUUUUCUUAGAUUUUAAUGUUUUAAACGCUUUCUGAAUUAUUUGCAUUCAGUUGAGAUAAAAUAUAUGGACCAAGCUAAUUUAGAUAUUAAGAGCAUAAUUUUAGGAUAGAAUAUUUGUCAAUUGUAUGUAAUCUUUCAAUAAUAAUUUACCAAUGGAAUUGUCCGUUUCAUACACUUGUAAAUAAUAAAAAUUCAACCGUUUUUAUUCAUGAAUUUCAUCAACUCAAAA